AUGUCUGGAGCGCCAACGGUGUCGGCACCUCCAGCCGCUCACCCAAGUUCCAACGUCCAGACGCUGCCAGCUACUGCGUCUACCUCAACAGCAGCUGGAUCUGCUCCACCGAGCUCUUCAAACCCUCCGGCACUGACGACAGCAAACCCUGGACCACCAUCCGCUUCUGCCAGUCCACCCGCUAAAUCCUGGUGGAAGCCUCUGUACAAGCACGUCACUUCCAACCGGAUAGGUGUUGUGCUCUGUCUCGUGGCUCUGCUAGUCUCAGUCCUCGGUCUCUACCUAGCAUUCAAAGGCAUCGACAUCGCCAAAGCCUCGCUCCUUGAGGGAAGGAAGCAAAUGGUUAUCACGCUCUGGGAGGAUUGCCGGGACCGUGCGGUAAGUGGCUCGCGGCUAGAAAAGUUGAUGGCAGGGUCAAGACUGAUGCUCGAGGCGAAGGAUUUGCACAAGGACAAUCUGUGCCAACAAUAUCUUAACGUGAGCCUGGGCUCGGUUGUGAAACGACAAGCGCUUGAGCUCUGGACCUCUCCUAGAGCGGCCAAGGUUCGCCUGAUGCUGAGAGGAGCAUUGUCGUACGCAGGAAUGUCCCGCUCUAUUGAGAACCGACCUUUCUUAGACAACGGGUCUUCUGCGUCUGCUAGCUACGCCGAGGCAUUCUACGCAGGAGGCAUAUCAUGUACUGAAGCCUUUGGUACAAUGCUAAAGCGAGGCGAUUUCGGAGAUUGGACCUCGACUGGAGUCCUCAAACUCAACUUAGGGCUGGCAGUACUCAUUAUAUGGGUGCCUUACUGGGUCACAUAUGUCGGUUUUAUGCUGGGUGCAUAUGCCCUCCUUCCCCUGGGUGUCUAUGAUGUUGACUACAAGAUCUUACGCUCGCGGACCAGGGACAACUCGAUGGGCACGUAUGCCGACGAACAUGCAAUGACAAGAAGAAUCCGCAUCGUCUGGAUAGCUUGGCCACUCUUUCCACAGAGCACAAAGGAGCACAGGCCUCUGUCUACGAAGUACAAGCGGAGGAUCCCAGGAGUCUUCCUACGCAGGGUCAUCAUCCUUGAAACCGCCAAGAUGGAGGAAAUGACACUGUCUGCACACUUGCUGCGCUUUUACGUGACCUCGCUCACUGCACUUUUGACACGUCGGCUUUCGAUGAGUCUUUCCGAGUAUGCAGUUGGGCACUGA